AUGUCUACCGCUAUCGAUAGCACUAGAAAGCUGGUGAGAAAGUGGACAAUUUGGAGAAUCAUUGUGACCGCUGGGGAUAAUGAGGCCUUGCUCUUUGAAGCCUUAAAUGUGAAUGAUGAAAUUCAGAAAGUCCUAUCCAAGUACGAAGAAAUGAAUAAAUCCUCAGGGAUUCCCCGGGAGCCAGAACCUGCAAUGAUAUCUAUUGCUGUUGAGCCUGAUGAAUCGCCUCGUUUAGGCAAAGAAGAGGCCCUGAUAAGAAAACCAAUGGGCUCUCGUGGUGGAGCCCCGUGA